AUGUCGUCACAAGCGAAGCAUCCGACGCUUCUGAUACCUGGGCCUAUCGAGGUCACCGAUGAAGUUUCUCAGUCCAUGGCCACGUUUGCGCAGUCGCAUGUCGGCCAGCCAUUUGUGAACACCUUCGGCGAGGCUCUAUCGAUGCUGCGGCAACUGUUCCAGACCAAGAAUCCCAACUCGCAACCAUUCGCAAUCGCUGGCUCUGGCACGUUAGGCUGGGAUCUCGCGGCUGCCAACCUCGUCGAACCCGGCGAGGAGGUACUAGUUCUGCACACUGGCUAUUUCGCUGACUCCUUCGCCGACUGCUUUACCACAUAUGGCGCCAAACCCACACAACUCAAAGCUAAGAUUGGUGGGAGGCCGCAGCUGCCGGAGAUCGAGGAAGCCCUCAAGUCCAAGAAGUACAAGGCUGUCACCGUCACGCACGUCGAUACGUCAACUGGCGUUCUAUCACAAAUCCAGCCUCUGUCCGAUUUGAUCCAGAAGGUUUCUCCCGACACGCUGCUGAUUGUUGAUGGUGUGUGCUCAGUGGGUGGUGAAGAGCUUCACUUUGAUGACAUGCGGGUCGACUUCGCCUUGACCGCUACACAGAAGGCUAUCGGUUGCCCGCCAGGCUUGUCGAUAUCGAUGGCAUCAGAGAAAGCCAUGAACGUCUUCAAAUCCCGCAAGUCGCCGCCUGGGUCAUACUAUGCUUCUUUCAAGAAUUGGACACCAAUCAUGCAGAACUACGAGGCGAAGAAGCCCUCCUACUUCGCCACGCCUCCUACGCAGCUUGUGCACGCACUCCACACCGCUCUCACUCAACUGCUUCAGAAGCCCAUUGCGGAUCGCGUGGCUCAGCACCAGAAAAUCUCGAAAAAGGUUAAGUCCGUCGUCACAGACCUCGGACUGAAGCAAUUGGCUACGUCGCCUGACAACGCAGCCAAUACUAUGACUGCGAUUUACCUACCAGAAGGCAUGACACCGCCAGAGAUCCUUCCGAAGCUGAUGGACAGAGGAGUUGUUUUCGCGGGUGGACUGCACAAGGAGAUCGCAACGAAGUAUAUUCGCUUCGGACACAUGGGCGUGAGUGCGAUGGACGAGAGCAGAGGAGAGAUCGACAAGGCGAUCGAGGCGCUGAAGGAGGGUUUGGCGGAGGUGCAGAAGGCAAAGGGCCAGUAA